CCCACUCCUGCGUUUGACAACAAUAUGGCGGCGCCCAUCACAUUACACCUGGCAUUUGGGGGAGGGGCUGAGCUGCUAUUUGAUGGUGUAAAGGAACAUCAUGUGACUCUUCCCAGCCAAUCAGAACCCUGGAACAUGAAGCAGCUGCUGGUCUGGAUUGGGCAGAACCUGCUGAAGGAGCGACCAGAACUCUUUGUUCAGGGAGACGACGUGAGGCCUGGAAUCCUGGUGCUCAUCAACGACGCAGACUGGGAGCUUAUGGGGCAACUGGACUACGAGCUCCAGGACAAAGACAACGUAGUGUUCAUCUCCACCCUGCAUGGCGGGUAGACACGUACGCAGAGAAGGGGAACACACCCACACACACACACACAAGAACACAAGAACACACCCCAUGGGAUGAGCAUUCCAAUUCUUUGGUUUACGAUUUGAAUAAAGUGAUGAUGAUGAUGUUGAUGAUGUCAGACUAUAUAGAAGCAACCGGAACAUUAAACUACCUGGACCCUCGUUUCACCCAUCCUCUUCAGAAGGGCUUCACACUGAAGCCUACAGCCUUCAAGGCUCUCAGAGGCCCCGGGCCAGGCUGAGGGGUGCCUGUUUGUAUGUCAGUGUGUUGAGAAGACUGAACACAUGCUUCUUAUUUUUUUUUGAUGCCAUAAUGUAUCAUGGUUUAUGACAAACAUACAAGGAUUGUUACAUUAAAGUAUUUUUUUUCUAUUU